AUGUCUGUGGUAGUGGGUGGUCAGUCGACAGAUAGUGAGGAGUUGCGCUGUGUUGCAGGCAAGGCGGUGCCGUUCGUGGAGCUGACGGUGGCGCACGCGUCGGUGCUGACCAUCCUGGCCAUCAGCUUCGAGCGCUACUACGCCAUCUGCGAGCCGCUGCGGGCCGGCUACGUGUGCACCAAGGCGCGCGCGCUGCUCAUCUGCCUGCUCGCCUGGGCCCUCGCCGCCCUCCUCACCAGCCCCAUGCUGGCCAUUUCGCAGUUCGCGUACCACCAGUACGCGGACGGUUCGCUGGUGCCCACGUGCCUCAGCGAGGCGGCCGCCCUCUGGCAGAAGCUGUUCUUCACGGUGUCCAGCGCCACCUUCUUCGCGGUGCCAGUGGCGGUGCUGCUGGCGCUCUACGGCAAAAUCGCGCGCCACCUCAUGGCCGCCCCGGGCGCGGCCGCGGCGCCGCCUGAGGCGGGCAGCAACGCGCGCGCCCGCCGCCAGGUGGUGCUGAUGCUGGCCACGGUGGUGCUGUCCUUCUUCCUGUGCCUGCUGCCGUUCCGCGCCUUCACCCUCUGGAUCGUGUUCGCCAGCAGCGCGUCGGUGCGCGCGCUGGGCAUCGAGGCUUACUACAGCCUGCUCUACUUCUGCCGCACCAUGUUCUACCUCAACUCGGCGGUGAACCCCAUCCUGUACAGCCUCAUGUCGUCCAAGUUCCGCGCCGGCUUCGCGCGCCUCUUCGGCUACCGCGAGCGGCAGCUGCGCACCGCCUCCGACGCCGGCCCCACGUGGAAGGAGCGCUCUGCGCGCAGCCGCAUGGCGUCCUUCCGGCGCAACGCCGUCAUGCGCUCCACGGCGCUCAGCUUCGACCUCGACGGCAGGGGCCGCGAUGCCUCGGAACCCCUCAAAGGAAACAACGCCUCGGACAGCAGCCACCACACUCUGCACCUAGACGUGGUGAAAGUCAACAGGGUGAAUGCCAAUAUGUCUCAAGGUAUCUGGAGGCAGCUUGUUUGCCCUGUUGAAGCUGUCGAAGCGUACGUUGAUCUAGAUCUUGAUGAUGUAGGUGGUACUUCACUUCAGCUGAUCCCGGUGACGGCGCUGUCGUCGUACGAGCUGGCGGAGUACACAGACGGCAGCGUGGUCGCCAUCUGCCUGACGGAGGCGGCCACCUUCUGGGCGGCCGCCUUCUUCGUGGGGGCCAUCUCUCUCUUCUUCCUGCUGCCGCUCGUCGUGCUGGUGGCGCUCUACAGCGUCAUCGCGCGUCACCUCAUGGAGGCGCCCGACAUCGUCCACCACCACCAGCACAACCACUACCGCUACCGGAAGCAAGUGGUGCUGAUGCUGGGCACGGUCGUGGUGUCGUUCUUCGUGUGCCUGCUGCCGUUCCGUGCGCUCACGCUGUGGAUCAUCGUUGCGCCGCCGGAGGCGCUCAUGUCGCUCGGCAUGGAGGGCUACUAUAACCUGCUAUACUUCUGCCGAACCAUGCACUACCUCAACUCGGCGGUGAACCCCAUCCUGUACAACCUCAUGUCGUCCAAGUUCCGCAACGGGUUCGCGCGGCUGUGUUGCGGCCGGCGGCGCUCUAGGCGCGCUGGCGGCUCCGAACCGCUGGGCCGCAAGGGCACCGCCACCUCGAGCACCGCCGCCACCAACACCACGGCCGCCACCAGCGGCACCACCGCCACCACCAACGCAAGCACCGACGGCGGCUCCCGGCGGCACUCGCGCUGCCGCGGCAGGCGGGCAUCGGGCAGCGCCAACGGCGUCUGUGGGGACAACUCCGCCCCGCGAGACAGCUAUGUCUGA